UAAAACCAUGAACUUGUGUGAUUUCUGCAGUACACGAAGUUUGUGUAAUCACUUCAAUUUCCGACAGCCACCUCCGGCAGUCACCACCUGGAACCACUGCAGACAUCCACCACCGGAAGCCACUUCAUUCUCCCUCGUGAUACCUCCACCAGUGAGUGAUAUGAAAACAUCAAUCCAACACCACACAAAAACUCCCAUAAAAAACAUAAUUUCUAGAUUUUCCACACCCCAUUUUCCUUUUUGCACCUAUCAAACCAAAACCCAUCAUUCCCAUGAUAAAACCAAUUUUUUACAUACUGGGUUUCAACCAAAUGGUUCUGAUUCAAUUACUUUCGAUGUUGCCUGCAACAUGUUUGAUGAAAUGCCCGAAUUAUUAACUGUUGGAUUAGUCACCGAAAUAAUUACAAGUUUUUCUAAGCAGAGUCGUCAUGAAGACGCUAUUUAUCUAUUUUCGAGAAUGUUGGCAUCGACGAUUAGACCAAAUGAGUUUACUUUUGGUACCGUGCUGAAUACUUCGACUCGACUUGGAAAAGUUGGUGUUGGUAAGCAGAUACAUGGUUGCGCGAUUAAAACUAGCCUUUGUAGUAAUGUAUUUGUUGGUAGUGCACUUGUUGAUUUAUAUGUGAAGUUGAGUAGUAUUGAAGAAGCUCAGAAGGCUUUUGAAGAUACUGAAUAUCCGAAUGUGGUGUCGUAUACAACGUUGAUUGGUGGUUAUUUGAAAAGUGGGAGGUUUGAAGAUGCUUUGCGGGUUUUUAAUGAGAUGCCUGAGAGGAAUGUUAUUUCGUGGAAUGCGAUGGUUGGUGGGUGUAGUAAAAUAGGUCAUAAUGAAGAGGCUGUGAAAUUUUUUAUUGAUAUGCUUAGAGAAGGGUUUAUUCCGAAUGAAUCUACGUUUCCGUGUGCGAUUUCUGCAGCUUCUAAUAUAGCUUCACUUGGAUUUGGGAGAAGUUUUCAUGCGUGUGCAAUCAAGUUUUUGGGUAAGCUUAAUGAUUUUGUAGGUAAUUCGCUUAUUAGCUUUUACGCAAAGUGUGGAAGCAUGAAAGACAGUCUCUUAAUUUUUGACAAGAUUUGUAAAAGGAAUGUAGUGUCAUGGAAUGCUGUGAUAUGUGGUUAUGCGCAUAACGGAAGAGGUGCCGAGGCAAUAAGCUUGUUUGAAAGAAUGUGUUCUGAAGGCAUCAAACCGAAUAAGGUAUCCCUAUUAGGACUACUCUUGGCUUGUAAUCAUGCUGGCCUUGUUGAUGAGGGUUUCUUGUAUUUCAAUAAAGCUAGGAUCGAGAGUCCCAAUUUGUUAAAACCUGAGCAUUAUGCUUGCAUGGUUGACUUGCUUGCUCGAUCUGGACGUUUUACAGAAGCUCAGAACUUCAUUCGCCGUAUGCCGUUCAACCCAGGAAUUGGAUUUUGGAAGGCGAUACUUGGGGGGUGCCAAAUCCACCAUAACAUUGAGUUGGGGGAGCUUGCGGCAAAAAAUAUUUUGGCUUUGGAUCCUGACGAUGUAUCGUCAUAUGUCAUGAUGUCAAAUGCUCAUUCUGCAGCAGGUAGGUGGUCAGAUGUGGCAAGAUUAAGAACAGAGAUCCAGGAAAAAGGGAUGAAGAGGAUUCCAGGGAGCAGUUGGAUUGAAGUCAAAGGCAAAGUUCACGCCUUUCUUAAAGCAGAUGAGAAUAAUAAUAAUAAAAACGAUGAAAUUGAUGUGCUCCUAAGAAUUUUCUUGUUGCAUUCAAGAGAAAAUGAGAGUUCUGAUUGGCUCAACAAUUAUUGUGAUUUCAGUGCCAUGAGCACACUCCCCAAGUAAUGCCUAUGUGUGGCAGUCGAGCCCCUCACUGAAUGACUAGCACUGUGUUCCGCUUUGAGCUCAUGUGGAUUAUGUAGAACCACUGGUUCGCUCCAUGCUUGGGUGAUCAAAGUUAAACCACGCUUCACUUCAAGAGGUUUAAAUUCCUGGAUCCGACCCUGGUAUAAAUAUGAAGUGAAAGACAGAGAAAUAAAACUAUACCUUGUUGAGGCACAGGAGCUUCAGAAACUGUACCAUUCACAAAGAAUGGCUGAGUUUCAUACAUGACAAUACAACUUGGAGAAAAGAUUCUCCACACUUUCUUCUCCAUACAACAAUUUUCAACAUCCUCAAGCAUAUUGCUCAAACAAGUUCUGCAUUCCUCGCUAGUAAUAUCUCUGCUACACUGUACCCAACCAUACCUUCUUUGAGUACCAUUUAUGUUAAACAUAUGUGUUCCAAACAUCAAUGGUGUUUGUGAUCCCAUUUGUAUCAAACCAUUCAUCAAAACCCUAGCAUCACUAUCAAAUUCACCAGCACUAGUUAAAUUUUGUGCUACAUCAAACAUAGGAAUCCUUGGUCUUAUAGUAAGGUUACCAAAGAAAUUCUUAUUUGAGUACCUUAGAAGACAAAAAGGGUACCACAAAAUUGCUGAUGCAUUAUUAGGACAGUGUUGUUUGAGCAAUCUGCUAGAGUUUUGAACACAUGAAUGACAAAGACUUGUAUUAACAUCGCCACGACAAAGGUACUGUCCAUAAACCAUGUUGUUUUGAUUAUCACCUGAAGUACUAUUUCCAAAACCAUUGCUGGAAGCAGAAUCUGAUGAUAAUGAAGAGAUUAAAUUGUUGAGGUUGGUUUGGUAUGUGGUAGAGGGAGGAGUAGAAGAUUGGUCCAAACAUGCAUAUCUAUAUUCAAGUAGUUCUUGUGAAUUGCUAUUGUUUUGGCCUACAACAAUAUAGAAAAGGUAUAUCAAUUUAAUGGUAAAUAACCAUAGAUGAAGCAUUCUUCUGCUGCUACAAUUACAGUUUCUGAUCAUUAGUUUAUAUGUGAAGUUUGUGCCUUAGAGAUCUUUAUUCAAAGUAAUACAUCAAUUUGUAUGUGUUUAAUUCAAUGUUUCAAUGAUUAGUUUAUAGAAGCAUUUGACGUGGAUGUAGCAUGCACUUUAUUGUAUUCAAAGAAUCAUAAAAUGGCUGGCUUCUCUGUAGUGUAAAA